GAGAGAGAGAGAGAGAGAGAGAGAGAAAAGAAAGAGUGAGUGAGUGAGCGGGUUGAAGAAGAUGGUGGACAACUUCAUGGUGUGCGUUGACCGAGUUCUAAUACCCAACUCAACCUGCGUUGACUUAGUUAAUAAUGGAGGAAUCAUAAACGGAGACUCUGAUCAGAGACCAUCAUCAACCUCAGAUGAUGACGUUGACGGUGAUGAGUCAAGGUCAACCAGUACAGGCAUCGCUGGGAAUUUUAAUGCUCUUGAAAAGAAGUCUAAGAACAAGAACAAGGCUAAAGAGAUUGUGGAGUGUAGAGUUUGCCAGGAAGAAGAUGAAGUUCAUUCCAUGGAGGCUCCUUGUGCCUGCAAUGGCACUCUCAAGUUUGCUCACAGGAGAUGCAUACAGAGGUGGUGCAAUAAAAAGGGUGACAUAACCUGUGAAAUCUGCAACCAGGUUUUUUCACCAAAUUAUUCUCUUCCACCAGCUAGGAGCAGUGAUGUAAUGACAAUUGAUAUCAGGCAAUGGGGAUCCCAUCUUGAUCUCCGCGAGUCUCAUCUUUUAGCUCUAGCUGCUGCCGAACAUCGCCUGCUUCAAGCAGAAUAUGAGGAUUAUACUGAUGAAAAUUCUAGUGGCAUUGCUUGUGUAUGCUCUAUUGCUGUUAUAACAUUGCUCAUAGUUUUGGUCAUACGACAAACUUUGACGAUAGCAAGAUUUGCUGGGUUGGUGCAGGGACCAUCAACCUUCAAUUUUCAGGUUUCACUUCUUCAACUUGCUGGUUUUCUAUUGCCAUGCUACGUGAUGUCGCGGUCGUGGUUUAUCAUACAAAGCCGGAGACGGAGACAGGUUUAGGAGAUAUCGCUAGCAAUCGGUUAAAGCACUUUCCAUGACAAAGAGUGAACCCUUUGUGCUUUUCGCAGGCAAGCAAUUUUCUUGUUACAUUUCCCAAGUUGCUUCACCUUAAAAAAAAAAAAAAAAAAAAAAAAAAAAAA